AUGGAUGAUACUAUGAAGCAAUUCCAAAAAAGCCUAAUUGAAGUUGAAAACGAAGCUGAAAAUCUCCUAUUAGCUCGACACCAGUUGGUUGAAACUGAUAGGCUGAGAAAUGGGAACAGGGAAGCGUUGACUGCCCUAAGGAAGAGGGCUCGGACCACAAAAACUGGUGUUCCUUUGCCAUUUGAGUCAAUAAUGAAGGAGAUUGAGGGGCUUGGGUCAAGGCCUCUGGUGAAGGAGGUCUGUGCGACUUGUGGCAACCAUGACUCCAAGGAGAACACAUGGAUGAUGUUCCCUGGAACCGAUGUCUUUGCUAGGAUUCCAUUUCAUGCUGUUCAUACCAUUUUGGAUAAAGAUCAAGCACAACUUGACUAUGAAUCUAAAAAACUACAGAGCUAUGUGAAGGAGAAGUCCUUUUUUAUCUCAGAAAAAGGUGUUCUUGCUGACAAGAUCAGUCCAGGUGUUCUCAGAUCUAUGGUUACCCUAACAGAUAAACCAAAGUAA